AAUGAACAAAGCAUUAUUAGAGCCCUGUAGACAUGACAAAACACGACUAUAGUCACAUUUAUACUCUUUUUAUUUACAACAUAUUGCGCAACUGCAGGGUCUUGAGACACAUGCUAACUCGCAAACUAGAGAUCUAGCGACCUAAAACGGUAGCCUCCAAGUUAUUUCCUUUAAACUUAAAAAGGCCAAAAACUUACCACUUCCACACGGAUAGUGAGGAUAACUAUUAACAGUGAUUUAACCUUUAACAUGAACAUUAAUCAAACGUAAUCAUUUUUUCUGGGUACAUGAUACCAUACAGCAUCCAUAUCAAACUUGUGCGGGCCGCACUAACAUUAAACUUUCAUAUCAAGGCGGGGGCCUCAAACUAGUGUCCUGCGGGCCACAUUUGGCCCGUGGGCCGCGUGUUUGAGACCCCUGCUCUAAGGACAAUCGGUAAGAACGGUCAGUAACCACAGUAAAGACAUUUGGUAAAGACAGUAAGGACAGUCAGUAAAGGCUCUAAGGACAAGCGGUAAGAACAGUCGAUAAAGACAAUCAGUAAAGUUUGUAAGGACAGUCAGUAAAGGCAAUCUGUAAAAACAAUCAAUCGGAAAGGACAGUCAGUAUAAUCAAUGAGAACAGUCAGUAAAGACAAUCGGUACGGAGAGUAAAAACAGUAACCAAGCUGUGGCUAAGGACAGUCGGAAAGGACAGUCAAGACAAUCGGUAAGAACAGCUGGUAAAGACAAUUAGUAGAGGCAGUCAAUAAGGACAAACAGUAAGGACAGUCGGUAAAGUCAAUUAGGACUGGACAAGCAGACACAAUAGGCUGUGUUUUAACUUUCUACUUCUUUGACGUCCUGCUGGGAAUUGUGUUGGGGACCACCCCCCCAGGACCACAGUGGACAAAGUGGUGGUCCGAUGGACAGAAAGCCACUAACAGGAUGACGUGAGCGCUGCGAUGGCCGCAGGGCAAAGAGGGAUUACGUCUGAGCAGUAGAUAAACAGAUUAUUCCUAAAACAGAGUGGACUUUUUUUAACCUCACUUGCCACUGUCCCUCCGUCCCCUCAGCAGAGGAAAGACGCCUUUCUCUCCUUCUGCAUCCUUUCAUGAAGAGGUCUGGGGCGGAUCCUCAAUGUGAAGCAGAGGUAGAGGACAGAAACAGCCGGCAGAGACCCUCAGCCGCUGGACGCACUUGGAAGUUUUUAUUUGUCCCACAAUGCUCUGGACCUUUGGGCUGCUGCUUGUCCUCGCUUGCCAGGUCAGAGGCCGGAGCGCCAGACUGGACUUCAACUCGGACUCAGUUGUGCCGAAGAAGGAGGCUGUGGUCCCCUCUGCUCCCGAGGCGGCAUUCCCCGCUUUGCCCGCGACAUUCGAUGUCUCCAGGCGUCGACCCAAGAGGUCGGUAUUUCUUCACUCCGGGGUGAGAAUCUGUCCUCAGGAGAGCGUCGACGAUGUUCUGGCCAGCCAUCAGGCGUACUACCAGCUCAGAGUGUGUCAGGAGGCCGUGUGGGAGGCCUACAGGAUCUUCUUAGACCGGAUUCCUGGCACCACAGAGUACCAGAGAUGGGUUCAGGCGUGCCAACAGGAGUCAUUGUGCAUCUCCGACAUUGCCAGAAACUUCAGCAGCUCCGAGGAACACCUGAACCUGAUCCACCGGAGGAUGAAGCGCCUGAGAGACGAGAGGCAGCCAUCGCAACGAGACCAGGUGACUCCUGAAAACGCGCCCCUCGUUCCCAACAUGGAAGACACUGCAGUUCUGUCAAGUCCAGAAGUUCCAUCAGGUCCAGAAGUUCAGACGGCCACCAUCGUCCUCCUGGGCCAGGCUACUUCCUCACCAAGCCCCGCCCCUGACGAAGAGUGGACUGCCGAGGAGGAGGACUCCGACAUUCCUAACGUCGUCCCUGAAAGUCUGGCAGAGCAGACGGUGGAGUUCAGCAUCGACUUGGUGGAUCCGGGAUACCGAGAGCUGCUGGAUGACCCGGACUCACCUCAGUACAUAGACCUGGCCCACCACCUGCAGGACCAGAUGCAGCACGUUUUUGACAAACUUCCGGGAUUUAAAAGCAUCCAUGUGCUGCGGAUCAGCGAGAUGCAAGAUGCUGACGGGGUCGGCGGUAUCACCGUCCACUACUCCCUGGUCUUUGAGACCACCUCCUCAGAAAUCCACACUGACGCGGCAGAUGCCGGUCCAACAUCAUCACCAGACUCCAACCUCAGGGAGAUGGUGAGAAAAGCUCUGCGAGAGGACGCGUCUCUUCCAGUGGACUUGGACUCUCUGAACUUUGACCCAGCGGCUGCCCUUCUGGCACAGACGUCAUCCCCCUUGGCGGACGUUGGCGUGGAGGCCAGCGAACCAGACUCCCACAAUGAAUUUGAAGUCUUCACCGACGAGCCACGGGCGGCUAAAGUCGAACCGGCACCCCCCCUCAGCCCCUCAGAGAAGGAGAACGCCCUGGUCACGCUACUGGAUCCCUCAGAGGAUGACUUUACAUUUGCACCAGAAGCACAAGAUCCAUCCAACGUGGAAGAAGAAGAGGUCAUCAUUUCUCAUAAGAUUGAAAGCAUCCAUCAUACGGAAACUGGCAAACUAAUUCGAGACGACACAAACUACCCAACGAGCCCCCCCACCAUUGUGGAUCUGGUGACCCCCACCGCACGCAUUUGGCCCAGCACAUCUUCUGGUGAUGAUCAAAUUUUGGCUUCGGGACUUGUCACCACCACUUGGCUGGUAGCCGUCACAGGCCAGAUGCCCACUGAGUCCAUGGAGGUAGUCCAGCAAGGAACAGAGUCCCUGCCAGACUUCACAGCCCCGAUUGGGGACGUCAAGGACUUACAGGCGGAAUCAUUAGAACCACAGAGAGAGUUAGCGGUGGAAACUGCUCAAGAAGUCCUUCAGGUUUCUGAACCAGACAAUUCCCAAUAUGACAUGACUGAUGUUUACAUGCCGGAAGAAGAGAUGGCACAAAACCAAGAAGUUGUGGUUUUUGAGCUUCCUGGAAUGGAGGACAAGGACACAACGACACAAGGGUUGGCACUAGAAGCCCAAUCAGAUUAUGUGCUUGAGCAGAAGGUAAAGGUUGAAGAAGCACCUGAGCAAAUAGAGGACGGUACAGUAGAAGUAACAAAGGUUCAGGAAACACAAGAAGGACAAAAUGAAGCUUCGCAUCCAGAUGAAGAAGAUGUAAAACAUCAAGACACUGGACCAGAUGCUUCAGAGGAAACAAUAUCAACUGUUCUGGAAGAUCCAUUCACUAUUGGUCCAGAACAACUAUUGCCCAAUGUUCUGGAGGAAACAUUGCCUGAUGUUUCUGAAGAACAUUUGCCCGAUGUUCCUGAGGAAAGGUUACCUGAUGUUUUUGAAGAACUUUUGCCCGAUGCUCCGGAGGAAAGCUUACCUGAUGUUUCAGAUGAACUCUUGCCCGAUGCUCCAGAGGAAACAUUGCCUGAUGUUUCAGAUGAACUCUUGCCAGAUGCUCCAGUAGAAAAAUUGCCUGAUGUUUCAGAUGAACUCUUGCCCGAUGCGCCAGAAGAAACAUUGCCUGAUGCUUCAGAAGAACUUUUGCCCGAUGUUCCAGAAAAAACAUUGCCUGAUGCGCCAGAAGAAUCAUUGCCUGAUGUUUCAGAUGAACUCUUGCCCGAUGCUCCAGAAGAAACAUUGCCUGAUGCUUCAGAAGAACUCUUGCCCGAUGCACCAGAAGAAACAUUGCCUGAUGCUCCAGAAGAAACAUUUCCUGAUGUUUCAGAUGAACUCUUGCCAGAUGCUCCAGAAGAAACAUUGCCUGAUGCUUCAGAAGAACUCUUGCCCGAUGUUCCAGAAAAAACAUUGCCUGAUGCGCCAGAAGAAACCUUGCCUGAUGUUUCAGAUGAACUCUUGCCCGAUGCUCCAGAAGAAACAUUGCCUGAUGCUUCAGAAGAACUCUUGCCCAAUGUUCCAGAACAAACAUUGCCGGGUGCGCCAGAAGAACCCUUGCCUGAUGUUUCAGAAGAACCGUUGCCCGAUGCUCUAGAGGAAACAUUGCCUGAUGUUUCAGAAGAACUCUUGCCCGAUGUUCUCGUGGAAAGGAUACCUGAUGUUUCAGAAGAACUCUUGCCAGAUGUUCAAGAGGAAGGGUUACCCGAUGUUCCAGAAGAACUCUUGCCUGAUGUUCGAGAGGAAACGUUACCAGAAUUUUCAGAGGAACUUUUGCCUCAUGUUCAAGAGACAACGUUGCCUGAUCUUUCAGAAGAAUCAGUUCUUACAGAUUCCACAACAACAGAGGAGAAAAUGGUUGAUGUUAGGAAAGUAGUUGAAGACGUCACUGUGGUUCCAAAAGAAAUAGUACAAGUUGUUGAAGUUCCUCCAGUGUCUCAAGAAGAACUAGAGAGAAAUGUGGAGGAGAAUGACGUUGUGACAACAGAAUCACAAACGCCGGCUAUUGUUUCAAAACAUAGCGAAGAUCUAGUUCUAGAGGAACCACAUCCAGGGGAAAUAUCACACCAAACUCUGCCCCCGGAUGCAUUUCCAGGAGGACAUCCUGAGGACAUCUCAGACGGACACACAGUAGAUAUUCUUGAGGCAGAAACUGAGGAAGAAGGUGACAAUUCGGAUUGGUUUGAAGCAUUAGAACCUCAGGAAGUUGAGGUGACUCUCUCAACACCAGCAGAAGGGAUGUUACAGCGAGAACUAGAAGUUGAUACCGCAGAACCAGAAAGCCAAGUGUUUGCUGUUCCUGAGCCGGAUGCAGAACCAGCAGCUGAAUCCAUCAAGGUCUUUCCCCACGUUGAGGCAGAGGAAGAUCUUCUUCUCAGAGAGAACACGGGUGAUGUUGUAUCAGAGUCCCUUCAACCUGUCCGACCAGAGGACAAUAUGCCCGUAAUUCCUGUUGAGGUCCAUCUGGGUGAUGAGGUGGAAGGUGGACCGGAAUUCCAGGACCCUGAUGGUGUGAGCAGUGGCGGGACCGCAGAACCAGCAGAGUCUUUGGAUCCAGCUGGUGUGACACCCCCCGAGGGGGGCGGCGCAUCUGAGGAAGCUGAAGAAGAUGACGCCAGUGUGACAGCGACACCAGCUUCAGUGGUGCCACCAGCAACAUCCGCUGCUGGACCGGACUCCCAUCAUGGCCCAACUGUGGACUUUGGACUCUUUGAGGUGGCAGAGGUCCCUGGACCAGGUGCAACAUCCGUUAUCGAUGAAGACCUGAAAGUGGCCGAAAAGCAAACCAGCAAACCGGCUGUGGUCCCCGAGAUUCUACAGGGCCCGGAAGAGGAAUUGGAUUUAGCGGACACGAUGACCACCGAGUCACCGGACGAAGGGAGCGGCUCGGUCGAGCAGCAGGUGUGGGCGAGUGUCACCGCACCACCCCCGAUAAGAUACCUGACCACGCCGACCACGACGACGGCCAGCCACGGCCGGGAGCUGGUGGUCUUCUUCAGCCUGCGCGUGACCAACAUGGACUUUUCCGAGGACCUCUUCAACAAGACAUCACCAGAGUACAGGUCCCUGGAGGACACCUUCCUCAACUUGCUGCUGCCCUACAUGCAGGCCAACCUAACGGGCUUCAGGAACUUGGAGAUCUUGAACUUCCGCAAAGGCAGCGUGGUGGUCAACAGCCGCAUGAAGCUGGCCAAGUCGGUGCCCUACAACAUCACAGAGGCGGUCCACUGCGUCCUGGAGGAGUUCUGCUGGGCCGCCGCCGAGCACCUGCACAUACACAUCGACAGCCGCUCUCUGGACGUGGAACCAGCCGACCAGGCCGACCCCUGCAAGUUCCUGGCCUGUGACCCCUGGUCCCGCUGUGUGUCGGACCGCCAUUCCCUGGAGGCACGUUGCCAAUGUGAGCCGGGUUUCGUGUCCGCGGAUGGCCUGCCGUGUCGCAGCGUGUGCGUCGUGCAGCCCGACCGCUGCGGGCCGGCCGCCGAGUGUCACGUGGAGCCCGGACUCGGUGCCGUGUGCAGGUCCAAAAGCAGCCGUGAGCUGGUGGGCGCUUAGAAGCCAGCAGAGUGGAGAACAUCCAGCAGGAACAUCUUGGUGUUUUUUCUACCGUUUGUCAAAUGAAGACGUUAGCUUGUCUUAACGAACUGUCGUCUUCACGUCCUCAAGGGGCGUUCAUGGACCAAACAUAGCGCUUGCAGUGACAUCAUUGCCAGCUAUUGUAGUUUCUCCAAAGGGGGGGGGGGUUGUCUUUUCAAACAUCAAAAACAAAGUUGAAGUCAACCAUCUUGUCCUUUCUGUCUCGCCUUAGCAAGACACAUUUAGAAAGACACCCACAAGUCCAGGUGAAACACCAGUGCGUUUAUUGAAGAGGAACGAGAGCGGAGGACGUGAGACACGCGUGGGGGUGAAACAUGGCAGCGGCCCCUUCAUGGCACCCCGCCUUCAUUUGGCGUCGGCGACACAGACACAGGCGUGAUGCUCAUGAGGCGUGCUUCAGGCCGGUGAGGCCCGUUUCAAAGUGUCUCGUGAAAAGGGGACGACGUGGCUUCACGUGCACAUCGCUCGCGCUAGCUUAUUGCUAAAUCUCUUUCCAAAACAAACUAGCGGGCCUUAGGCUGUAGAAAAAAGAUCCAGUGUGCUUCCAGUUCCAAAGAUGGCUCACGAGGUACCUGACCAGCGCUCGGUCGGCACAAAGAUGUCAGAACUAAUCAUGUGACGGCGAAGCUAUCAAGUGAUUGAUUUUUUACAUGAGUUUCCCUGUUGAAGAAGAUCACACUGUUGUUGCUAAUGCUAAUGAUAAUGUAGCCAGCUGCUAGCUAGCACGAACCGCGUAUAUCCAAGAGAGAGUCCUGAUUCCAAUACGGCGAGUAUUAGCAAGGACAGCAGCUGGAUAGCAUCACCAUGCUAACGUUAGCAUCGUGUGCAGCUGUUUAUGUUUGUGUGAAUGGGCCGCCGUGUUGCAUAAUCAUAAUAAUCAUCAUUAAUGAAAAGGAAUGAUUAGAAUGAAGAAAUAAGUACGAUUAGACGCCAAUUAGCAACGCUCGCUAGGGUGAUGUCCAUGUAGACUUAAGGCCUCGUCGUUACAGAAAACGAGUAGACGUCUUCGUUAUUUUGCCCGCCUGGCUCCACAACCUCCCAGGAAGCAGAAGGCAGCAAGAAAGAAGAAGAAAAAGGACAAGAAAGGAAAAUAAACACGAUUCCCUGCGUUAGCUCAUUAGCUUGCUGUCUGGUCCCUUGGCUAGAGGCCCGGGGGUUGGGGGGUAGGGGGGGGCCUCAUUUAAACAUGCUCUGCAACAUGGCGGUGGCGUAGGUGGGCCGCGCCUGCCGGCUCUCGAUGGCGCUGCGGAGGUACUGGAUCCCACCGCAGCGUUCCCAGAUCUCCUCAAACUGCCUGGGCAGGAUCUCGGCCCCCCUCUUCCGGGACAGGCCCGUCUCGUCCAGGCUGAGCUCGCACAUCUCCAUGUCGUCUUUUCCUGGGAAAACAACAAGCACGUGACUUUGGCGCUGCCCGAAGCGAUGAAGCGGGGCGGACUCACCCGCCACCAGCAGGAUGGGAUGCUUGUCGGGAUGCAGCUCCAUCUGCCGGGCGAUCCAGGGCCCGUCAAAGUGGGCGUACCACCAACCCUUCUUCUUGCUCGUGGGGUCUUUGUACUGCUCUCCCGGCCGGAUGAACGGGAUGCGGAAGUAGCGCUGCUGCCGGGUCAUGGCCACCUCGUACUGGCGGGCCGGGACCGGGGGUGCCGGGUUCUGCUGGGCUGUGGAAGGGAUGGCCAAACAAAAAUGUGGGUGAGCCACGCCCGGUGGACGAUGUCCAUGUGGACCACCAUGCAGGACAGCGCCACCCGCUUGUCACUUUCACACAAGGAAGAACUCUUCAUGGGGGCGGGCGGGAGCUUAGGCAGAGCAGCAAUUAGAAGCUUCUAGAUGGACCAAUCAGACUCCUUUCAUUACAGCUUAUGUGAACAACAUCUGGACCCGGGUUGGGUCUCUGCUAGGGUCAGUGAGGGUGAAAGGCUGUACACUGGUUCUGGUUCUGGAGCAAUGUGGACUGGGAAAGGGCUUGCCUGAAGACGGGACGCUAACGCUUUUUUUUUUUUUUUUUUUAAGUCUUCCGUCACGUGAUUGGACAAAUGCAGCCAGAACCCUCACAGCCACCUUUCCCUCCAGCAGAAGCAUAAAAAUCACAUACUAGCAGGUUGCCAUGGAAACACCUCCCCCUCCCUUCAAAGAAACUAAAAAAAAAAAAACCCAAAUAAAUCCAGCAGGGAUGAGUGG